AUGCGCUUCCUCACUCUCUCCAGUCUCGCGGCCGCUGUCGUGGCCGCCGCGUCUUCGCCCUCGUCGGGCCAGGAACACCGGGUCGAGAACAUCGAGGCCCCGCCUGUCAAGGACGUGGCGCCACUAAUCACUGUAGUCCAGAAGAACAAGACUUAUGCCGUGAAGUUUGAAUGCGUCGGCUGCCCGUUUGGCGUGCUCAGAAGCCCCCAUGAGGUGCAAUGGACGCACCCCCCUCCUGACAACUCCUUGAUGCUCAUGUUUAGCAUUGACGAAUCUGCAUCUGCACUGCUUCUCAACGAACAACGCGUCUUUCCUCUCGACCCGAUGCCUCUUCGCAUCAAUGCCCUGCAAGUCCCAUCAGACCUCGGCAAAGACCAAGUGAAGAGCUCCAGCCUUGACCAGCCAGAGAGAAUCAAGUUUCCGCUGCAGUAUGAACACACCUUCUUCCGCGGCGAAACAGACGAAGGCCUAUGGCUGCACUUUAACGUGACUGGCCUGGCCUGGGGUGAGGAGCCCACGCCCUUCACCAUGGGCCAAAAGGUCGUACAGAUGCUGCUGCGCGAAGACCCCGCCCACCAAGAGACGGACCCCAAAGAGGGCAGCAAACCCGCCCUCUCCAUUGCCGACGUGCAGGUGGUCGACGAGAAGAACAGCGUCCAGCCACUCAGGAUGAAGUGCGGCAAGCUGGCCAUGAUGCGCACCGCCUUCGACCCCAACGAAUGGGACGAGUACGGUCAAUUCGGCACAUGGGCAAGGACGCAGAAUCUCGUGGCUGGCAAGCUAGUGUCUUUUUUGUCGGCCAAUGGCGAGGGCAACGUGAUGUUUUUCCCGCUGGUCCUGCUGGUUGUGCUCAGCAUUCUCAUGGCCCGUUGCAUUUACCACUUCAGGCAGCAGGGCAGCGUUGGCGGGGCUUCGUACACUCCGUUUUCUCUGUUGGGCUGGGGCGCGUCCCCGCAGUACACUCCCAUUCCAGUUAUCAAGAUAGAAGAAUACGAUUAG